GAAGCUCCGCCGAGCACCGUCAUCAGAAAUCCCACGGCCCAGCCGGAAUCUUUGUUUUCGAACUUGUCAUCUACCAGAAAAUGUCUCCGGCGCCUCCGGAGAUGCGCAAAAUACCCUCAUCCUACCGCGCCCAUGCCUGCAAUGACUGAUCACAUCGCGUGUCGUGGUUACUCUUCGCGGUGCGAGGGUCGAUCAGAGAGGGCAGCGACGCCCCACAUGGGGACUUAGCUUCUGACAUGCGACUUGUUGCCAGCCAGCCAUGCGCCUCUGUUUUUAUUAUAUCCUGUGUCACCGAAAUCUCCCGUCAGCAAAGCUGCUGAUCACAGUCACGAUCACGAUCACGAUCCUUUCCUUUUCUCCUAAGUUUCUGCGCGCGUUGCUAUUCUAUCUCGAUGCCUGCUCACAAUGACCAAAUGCCGAUGAUCGUCCAGGGCGCGGCCUUGGUCAGCUUCGUUUGGACCUGCAUCAUCGUUUCCGUUCAAGGAAUUGGUAUCUGCAAAAUCCUCCGAAACAACUCAGCUCCUCACCCAAAACCUUUCUCCCCAACCCUCGAGAAAGAUGAAGUACCGCACAUCACCGUCAUUCGACCGGUAAAGGGCGCCGAGGCUGGCCUCUACGAAUGUCUCGCGUCAACCUUCCAGCUUGCCUACCCCAAGUCGAAGCUCACCAUCUACCUAUGCGUUGAUUCGACGAGAGAUCCAGCCUACCCGGUUCUACAGAAAGUCGUCGCUGCCUAUCCUGACUUUGACGCCAAGGUGUUCGUUGAGGAGCAAGAUCCUGUUUUGCAUGGCGAUGGCGGGCACAUUGACAAGCUUGGGCCAAAUCCCAAAAUCCGCAACAUCAGCCGCGCAUACCGAGAGGCUAAGGGCGAUAUUAUUUGGAUAGCAGACUGUAAUGUUUGGCUUGGGGCCAACUCGGCAGGAAGAAUGGUGGACAAGCUGGACGGUUUCUUGCCCGAUGGAACUCGCACCAAGCCCUACAAGUUUGUCCACCAACUACCUCUCGUUAUUGAUCUCGAGACGCCAAAGACAGCGACAGAAGAGGAACAGGCACUUCUGUCGGGGCCUAUCAACACCAGCGCGCCAAAGAGCCUCCUUGACUAUGGCGGCAGGCUCGAAGAGAUGUUCAUGGCAACCACCCACGCAAAAUUCUACAGCGCCAUCAAUACAGUUGGUAUCGCCCCCUGUGUCGUUGGCAAGAGCAACAUGUUUCGCAAGUCUCACUUGGAACGCCUGACCGACCCCGCUCGCAACCCCCUCAUUCCCCCCGCCGAUGCUGCUCGUGGGCGGGGUGUCGACUAUUUCUCGUCCUACAUCUGCGAGGACCACCUGAUUGGCGAUCUGAUUUUCAAGUCGAAGAUCCCAGGCUUCAAGAACCAUGGGCUCGUCCACGGCGAGGUAGCUAUUCAGCCCAUGUCGGGCAUGACUGUUGCCGCUUACAUUGCUCGCCGUGUACGAUGGCUUCGAGUACGGAAGUGGACCGUGUUAACGGCCACGCUUGUGGAGCCAGGUGUGGAAUCACUGAUCGGGUGCCUCCACAUGGCCUUUGCCUUUACGACAUUGCCUUGGUUCCGCUCCUUUUUUGGAAUACCUCCCACUUGGAAAGCGUUUGGUACCAUUUGGAUCUCGGCCGUCACUGUCUGGAUGGUCGUGGACAGAUUGCUGAGUGCCAAGCUGCAUAAGCUGCAGAGUGUUGAUGUGGAUGAAAACACGCCGGCUUUUGCCCUGGGCUCGACGCGAACAGGAGGAAUCAAGAAGAAGCCGUUUUUGACUUGGUUUGCCGCUUGGCUGGGGAGAGAGUUUCUGGCAUUUCCCAUCUGGACCUGGGCUGUCCUUCUUGGAGCCACGGUGAAUUGGAGGGGUCAGACUUUCAGGGUACGUCCGGAUAUGAGCGUCACCCGGCUGGAUGAUGUGGAGGGAACAAGUUUGCGGCCGUCGACGCCGGCCGCGGCUGAGGGCGCAAACAGCUGCCGAUCGACAAGUAAGGAUCGCGUUGAUUAGACCAUGAGCAUGAUGCAUGAGCGGGCGAAUACUUGAUUAUACCCCCUUUUUUUAGAAUAUAGAAUUGUAAUUAGCCUACC